GUAGAGAGAGGGAGCAGCUCAGCAGCGCUUCUGUCUGUCUCUGUCCCUGCUCAGAUUUCCACAGCUGUGAGCAGCACCUCUGCUACCCUACUCCACGCGGAUUUACUGGGGUGUGUGUGUCUUAGAGUGUAUUCCUGUGUGUGUGGGUGUGUGUGUGUGUUAGAGUUGCUUGCAAGUCUACAGCAUACAUUGUGUGUUUCUCCGCUGUUCCAGUGAUGGUUCUUCCACCUAAGGGUGAAGGCUCUGCUACGGACUCUAUCUAAAACACAUGAGCCCUGGCAUAGCCAGCCCUGGCGUAGCAUCCCAGUAAGAUGGGAAAUGCCUCUGAAACAUCUUUGUUCGCUGACACAUCUUCGUUCCUUUCUACCAUCUCUAAAGAACAUGACAUCCUCAUGGGGACCAUCUAUGCCAUAUUUGGUGUUUUCUCACUGGUGGGGAAUGGGAUAUUGCUGUUUGUGGCCUAUCGGAAGAAGUCCUCCCUGAAGCCGACUGAGUUCUUUGUUAUAAACCUCUCCGUCAGCGACCUUGGAAUGACCAUCUCUCUCUUCCCCAUGGCCAUCUCAUCAGCCUUCGCACACAAGUGGCUGUUCAGUGAUGUUACAUGUAUGAGCUAUGCCUUCUGUGGUGUUUUGUUUGGACUAGCCAGUCUCACCAACCUCACAGUGUUGUCAUCUGUGUGCUGGCUUAAGGUCUGCUGUCCCAACUAUGGUAACAAGUUCUCAUCCUGCCAUGCCUAUCUCCUAAUAGCAGCGGUGUGGUGCUAUGCUCUUAUCUUUGCCAUCGGGCCUCUGACUGGCUGGGGCCGGUAUGGUUCUGAACCCUACGGUACAGCCUGCUGUAUCGACUGGUACGCCCCCGGCCAAAGCAGAGCUGCCAUGAGCUACAUCCUCUGCCUCUUCCUCUUCUGCUACAUCAUCCCCUGCAUCAUCAUCUUUCUCUCCUAUAUCUUCAUCCUGCUGACUGUCAAGGGGUCACGCCAGGCGGUGCAGCAGCACAUAUCCCCACAGAACAAGAUCCCCAACACACAUACACUCAUCGUCAAGCUCUCGGUGGCGGUGUGUAUCGGUGUCGUGAUCGCCUGGAGCCCAUACGCCUUCGUCUCCAUGUGGGCGGCGUUCAUUAACUCAGCAGAGGUCCCUCCCUUUGCUUUCGCUGUGGCUGCCAUCUUUGCCAAGUCCUCCACCCUCUACAAUCCUAUCGUCUACCUGGUCUUCAAACCCAACUUCCGCAGGUCCCUCUGCCGGGACUGGCUGACAUGCCGACGGACCCUAUGUGCGUGUUUGUGCUCGCACGGCUCGGCCCAGAAGGUGUCCUGUACACAGUCCCAGCAGCAUGGGAAGGAGGAGUGUAACUCAACGCGGCGGUCCAAUGGAUUGCCGGAGAACCAUAGGGGGGCAUGCAGGCACUGCACAUGCCCAGAGAGAGACACUGGUUCUGGCGGAUACGGCCAAGAGACUACCCCUCAGAGGACUGCAAGGAUACUGCAGGGGUCCACACAUAGCGAAGUGGCUGUUAGUCAGCUGUCCAAUGAGAUGCAGAGUGACUUCCUCUGAAAAGACAAAGGAGAGAGAGUAAGCAAAAGAGAGAGGGAAGGGAGGGAGGAUGAGGGGAGAGAAAGGCGGAGAGGGAGAAGGGAGAAAGUUAGAGGGAGGGAAAUGUGGGAGAGGAAGGCAGUGAGCGAGAGGAGGAGAGAGAGAGAUGAGAAAAGACAAACAGUGAAUUGUUUUCACAUACAAAAUAAAAAACAUGGAGAGGGGAAGAUCAGAGGGAAAAUACUUUCAAACAGGAAAUAAGUUAGUGUUGAGGAAGGGCAGGUGUGAACUUGCACUAAAAAUCACAACAAGGCCAUCCUAACUCCUCUCACUCAGAGGAGUGGCCAAACCAAUCACCUCGGAAACUGUUACUGCCACUAACUCAGCCACAAACUGAACUAAACCAGGGGUGUAUUCAUUAUGCAGAUGCUGUUGGAAAAUGUUUCUUCUGUUGCGAAAUGUUUAGCAACAGAAACGGUUUAUUCCAAAAAGAAAACGUUUUGCAACAAAAAUGAGAAUUUUUAUCAGACAAACUCAGCUAGGUCCCUCCCUGUUUCAUUCCGUUUGCUCUGUUUGCUUCCAUUUGGUUCUUAACCUUGUAAGACGUAAUGAAUACAACCCUGACAACCAACAUACGACCACAAACUGAAGAGUCAGCAACAUACCAAAAACUCAACCAAAAUACCACCACAGACUGAGCAGCCAAUAACAACCAGGAACUCAACCAACAAACGCAGCCAAGCCAGACUGAAAAACAGACUUAACCAACAAGCCCCUGAUCUCUUGGGUUGCAGCUGGUUUGAUUCAAAAGGACUUGAAAGUCAUGAACCCACAGUCUUGAUGCAGUAGUUAGAGAUAUCGGACACAGGACCAACAAGAGGGUCCAUAAUGAGAAUGACACUGGUGUUUAGGGAAAUACUAUCAGAUUGAGCAUCAGAUUCUACAUAUGUCCCACAGGGCCUACCAAAGAAGAGAGAGAGAUGUGGAUGAGGAUACUAUGGUGUAUAUACAGUAUUAAAACCCACAUAACCGAGAGAGUUGUCUACAUGGGGGCUUGGAGUGUGUGAACCGAAUUAAGACGUCACUUAGCUGAAGGCAGAACAUGAGAAAAUGAACCCCAUGUCCAGAAUUAUUCAGUGAACAGUUAGGACUGUGCCAAAUGAGCUACCAUGAAAAAUGAACAAUUACGCACCGUGGUUGGGAUCAACUUUAACUCAGUCAAUCCAGGAAGUGAAUGGGACAUUCCCAAUUCUGCACAUAGUCUUAAUGAAUUAAGUCCAACUGAAAUGUGCUCUCAAAUCUCAGACAUUCUCUCUGUUUUUACCCCAGACAUGAAACCAAUGCAACAAUAGCUACAAGACUAAUACAAAAUCUAUAAAAAUCGAAUUAAAAGAUCCCGUUUUGCAAUUUAGCUUCAGAAAACAAACAGAUAAAAUAUUGAGCUACAGUGAGUUGUGUUGAUAUCUACUUUCUCCUUCCAGUGUUUCCCGAGGAGUGUAGAUAGAUGGUUAUUGUAAACAAAUUGGAGAAGGGGGGGGGGGCAGUGGAGGUGCUGAACUGCAGAGCUGAGCUGGUUCUGCUUGGUUAAACAAAUUGGCCUGCCAUCACCGUACAAUCAAUAUAGAGCCAUUAUAGAGUUCUCACUGGGUCCAGAGAGGGAGCUCAAAUCUGGGAUCACAGAACAGCUAAAGCCCCAGGACUUGACCCAAAACAGUGAGAGUAUUGAGAGUGUUAUUGUUGACAUAGUUUUGGCAUUUGUGUGUUCUCAUUUACAUGAAUGUGUGUGUGUGCUUAUGUACCUGUUGUUGAUUGAUGCAAUUUGCAUAUGCGUGUUUCUGUGUGUGAGAAUAGCUACUGUAUGUCUGCUUCAGUUUGCAAGUCUAUGUGGGCAUAUGUUAGUGCAGUAACUCACUGAGGAAAGUCCUAACAUUUUUCUAUACAUUGAGUGAGUCACAAAAUCAAAUCAAAUGUUAUUUGUUACAUUCGCCGAAUACUUACGAAUACGACCUUACUGUGAAAUGCUUACUUAUAAGCCCUUAACCAACAAUGCAGCUUUAAGAAAACAAAGUUAAGAAUAAUAUUUACUAAAUAAACUCAAGUAAAAAAUAAAAGAGCAACAAUAAAAUAACAAUAACGAGGCUAUAUACAGGGGGUACUGGUACAGAGUCAAUGUGGAGGGGUGCAGGUUAGUCGAGGUAACUGAGGUAAUAUGUACAUGUAGGUAGGGGAAAAGUGGCUAUGCAUAGAUAAUAGAUAUUAAACCAUGAGUAGCAGCUGUGUAAAAAAAAGGGGGAGGGUCAAUGCAAAUAGUGCAGGUAGCCAUUUGAUUAGCUGUUCAGCAGUCUCGGGUAGGUGUUGUAGUAAAAUAUGACAUGAACGAGCUUUUCUUCAAUCCACUGAAGACCUAUCUCCUCUUGUUCCUCUCCUCCUUAGCGUGAAAAACAUAGAGUUGCUAUUUCAUAAAGGGACUUCUCGAGAGACAAAAGGUAUGCUAUAUGACCUGAAGACAGAGCACAGAGCACAGUCUGACUAGAACUUUCUAUUCACUCCUCUAGGACACUGGGUCAUCAAACUCUUCUAAACACCGUGCCGCUGUGUUAACCAGUAAUCUGGUUCGCUAAAGAUCGUGUCUCCAGCCUGACUAUCUCUGAUACAUGAACUCUUUCAUGUUACAACAAUAAUAUUUUAUAUCUAUUGUUCACAAAAUACCACAGAGUCAGCACAAACACCCGUAACCAGUCUUGUGGUUCAGCACCUUCAGAACUGUUAUUAUUGAAUAAUGCAGCAAUAUCUCACUGCUAUAAAUUGUAAUCUGCUCUGUGGGUAACUUGGCCAAUCUCUGACUUUAUAGCAUGUAUCUCCGCCCUGCCCCCUGACCUCCAGAGAAAGAUAUCCUCUCCGUUUCUCCAUCCACCCCCCUCCAGCUCUCUCUCUCUCCAUCCAAUGGAGAGAGAGAAAGUGUCAAUAUUAUUGAAACAGCUCUAUUAUUAUGUUGUAAUGUCUUUACGACCCUGUUAUGAGUUUAAAAUAGAGUAUAGAUGUAUAUUUUAGCCGCACUAAAGAAAAUACAAGAGAAGAUGUAACAUACAAUGAUUGAGAUGACCAUGCUGAGCCAGGCUCAUGUGAGGAGUUAACAGGGUACUUCUUAGUAAUCUCCCAUCACAACUUCUAAUCAGAGCCAUCGAUUUACAGGGUUUAGCAAACUCAGAUUGAACACUAGAUUGUCAACCGCCGCCAUAUUGGCACCGUAGGUUACAAUCGCGUUCUAUUGAUGAGUAUAGAAUGUUUGGUGCGAAAGUGGAGGUUGGUUCAACCAAAUCGCCACAGCUAUUUCCUGAACAGCACCCUGUUCCCUGAAUAGUACAGACAUUUGGGAUCUUUCCUUUCCUUCUAAUACUAAGGUGGGGAAGAUAUGUUUGUCCUUUGACAAUGGGGCGGAACUCGGGGGCGGAACUCGCUGCCAUAACUGUGCAUUUGUGAUAUAUUUUUGUAUAUGUAAUGAUAUUGAUCAGUGAUCAUAUUACUGCAUGGUUCAUAAGGAGUAAUCAUCACCGGCAGGCCAUCAGGGCACCAUCUCAUCCAAACAGCACAUAUGUACCAGAUGUCAGGGCUUUCAAACGGGUUUGGUUUGUAUGUACAGGUGUACAAAUGUCUAUGUACAGAAGUUAUAUAUAGUUGUAGAUAUCAGCCUACAUGCAUACUUGGGGGAAUGGGUGACCCCCAAAUUGUGUCCUUGGAAAUGGGGUUGAAUGGUAAAUAUCUCAAAUAACAAACAAAACAGAGCACACAAACAGUGUGUUUUAACGUUGAUUCUUUAUGCAGUGCCAAUGCAAAACCUGUUCCUGUUCCUCUGGCUGUCUGUCUCUUUCUGGACAGUUUGGAUUCAUUUGGUCCUUAAUGGCCCGUUGUCUCCUCGUGAAAAAGGCUUCCCAUUAUUGACCUUGAGUGGUCAUUUGCAGGGGGACCACAUGAAAAUAACUUGGACCGCCUCAGGUGCUCAUUUUUUAAAAGUUCCAUUCAAUUGCAGUCUAAUUGUGAUCAUAUAAAAUUACAUUUUUGCUAAAGCAAAGAACAUUAUAGCCAACAUCGCUAGCUCUCCAGCAUCAAAUUUGCUCCAUAUUUAAAGUUGUGAUUCUGUCCUGAGCUCCACAUCAUCUCUGAUAUCAAUGUCCUCUACAGUGAAGCGUCUCGCAUGGACCCGUUUAUUUAUUACGUUGUAAUCUUUCGACCGACUUUACAUGAAGUGACCCGAAGAUGAUGUAUGUACAUUGUAUUUUUUAGGCUUCGGACCUAACUUAUGGCUAUCCACAUCAGUCUCAAGGAGAUGAAAACGUAUCUGUUCUGUUACCAUAGCUCGUCUAACCUCAUUCACCCCAGCAGCGUCAUCACAGCAGGGUUAUGAAUCAUCAGAGAACCAUAAUGUUGUAACGUUAUAGUACCAACAUUCACAUAUCCUCUGGCUUUUGCCUGGCCUGAACGGUGAGCUAAAUUCUACAUUAUGUACAGAAGUCUCCAUUGAAUACUGUCAAUCAAUGCUGCUUAACUAAAGCUAAAUGGACGAAUACAGAUGGGGUUUGGAUAUCUCCUCUGCAGCAGGAUAGCAGUAGGACUUUAGUUGGAACUAUAUUCCUCUGUGCUCAUGCUGUGCAGACCAGAUAGUAUGUCCCCAAAUGACACUGUCUGAGUGCAUGCGCAUGCGCGCACACACACACACACACACACACACACACACACACACACACACACACACAGGAAGAGGUUGCUGACCUUCUCCACCACUUCCAAAGACACAGAACGAGGCUGGAUGUGAUGUGAUGUACACAUAUGUUUAUAUAAAAUAUAUGGUUUUAAAAGAUGUCUCCUAUCAAUAUAUUUAUUGAGAUGAUUAUUAUUAUCAUUGUCAGUGAGGUCUCAGAUGCACUGUGAAAACAUGUUUACAAGAAAGCAAAAAAAAUAAAGUGCUAUUUGUUAAAACAUA